CGCGUCAGCUAUUUUAAAAAUACAUUACAAAUAACAAGUGUUUAUGAUUAAUUAAUUAAAGUGUCACAACAGUCAACUGCUGACAGGCACAUGCCACCAACAUGGAAACGUUAUACCACCAAACAAACAACACGGUCAGGGAGAUAGAACAAUGUUUUCAACGACUGGGACAUAUUUCACCGCCAGAGGUUCUUGACGUGGAAAACACAAUACAAACGAAAAUAACCCAAGCUAAUGCCAAUUGCGACCGCCUGGAUGUGCUGUUGUACAAGGUACCGCCCUCGCAGCGGCAGAGCUCCAAGCUAAGAAUCGAUCAGCUCAAGUAUGACUUGAGACAUUUACAAACAUCGCUGCAACAUGCUCAAGAGCGUCGACAGCGCCGGCAACAAGAGCUGAGUGAACGCGAGCAGCUACUGAAUCAUCGGUUUAGUGCCAAUAGUACCGCGCCGACAGAGACGUGCCUACAACUGGACUAUGAAUUGCAGCAUCACACACAAAUGGGCAAUGCAAAUCGAGGCGUAGACGACAUGAUAGCCUCUGGCAGCGGCAUUUUGGAGAGUCUUAUAUCCCAACGCAUGACAUUGAGUGGGGCACAUAAACGCAUACAGGCCAUUGGUAGCACGCUGGGAUUGUCGAAUCAUACAAUGAAGCUCAUAGAGCGACGGUUAGUGGAGGAUAAACGCAUCUUCUUGGGCGGAAUGGUGGUUACCCUGUUUAUAAUUGGACUGAUUAUAUACUUUUUUAUGAUGUAAAAAGACAUUCUGUUUGGGAUUUAAAUUAAAUGUACUAUAUUUUUAAACGUU